GAAGGAAGUCAAUGGCUACUACACAAACACUUUUCGAGCUCAUCAUUUCCGUCUUCUUCAUCCUCAUCUCCAUCUUCACAUCCCAAGUUGUCUCCGUUGUUCCUGAACAAUGCUCACUGGAGUCCAGCGACUGCGUGGACAAGUCCAAGGCUUUGCCACUCAAAAUCAUUGACAUUGCCUCCAUACUAGUGACCAGCAUGAUAGGAGUGAGCUCGCCUCUUCUCACCCGUUCCAUCCCUGUUCUCGGGCCUGAUCGCAGCCUCUUCGUGAUCGUGAAGGCUUUUGCAGCCGGAAUCAUACUAGCCACCGGGUUCAUGCACGUGUUACCGGACUCUUUUGACAUGUUGUCGUCGAGUUGCUUGCCUGAGAAGCCAUGGCACAAGUUUCCUUUCAGUGGUUUUGUGGCAAUGUUUUCGGCCAUUGGGACUCUUAUGGUGGAUUCAAUAGCGACGAGCUUGUAUAGCCAGAGGAAUAGAGGUGGUGGUGGGGUUAUACCGGAGAACAGUGAGGUGGUGGUUGAGGGAGGAGACGAGGAGGAAGAGGUGGGUGGUGGACACGACGGCGCGGCGGUGAAGGAAGGAAGCCAAGGCACACAACUAUUGCGGUGUAGAGUGGUUGCCAUGGUAUUGGAAUUGAGAGUCAUAGUUCAUUCAAUAGUGAUAGGGCUAGCACUGGGAGCUUCAAACAACACUUGCACCAUAAAGCCACUAGUGGCUGCCCUAUGCUUCCAUCAAAUGUUUGAAGGAAUGGGCCUUGGUGGUUGCAUCCUCCAGGCAGAGUACAAGUUGAUGAAGAAGGCAGUGAUGGCAUUCUUCUUCGCUGUAACAACACCAUUUGGGAUAGCACUAGGGAUGGCGUUGUCAAACAGCUACAGAGAAAACAGUCCAAGCUCCUUGAUCACUGUUGGACUCCUCAAUGCCGCCUCUGCUGGACUUCUCAUCUACAUGGCUCUGGUUGAUCUCCUCGCCGCUGAUUUCAUGGGUCCUAAGUUACAAGCUAGCAUUCACCUUCAAAUCAAAUCCUAUGUUGCUGUUCUUCUAGGCGCCGGCUUGAUGUCCCUCAUGGCCAAAUGGGCUUGAUGUACCAUAUAUAUAUAUAUAUAAAUUAAUACUUGAGAGCACUAAAAAAAAAGCACUAAGAAAACACUAAUGAGGUGGCUCCCCUUG